AUGGACAACAUGAUCGGAUCGCUGAAUAAGAUGCUGGAGAAUCGCGCCGAGGCUAUUCAAGUGCUCAACGCGAACCUUGACGAAUUUGACACGGCCCGAUCCAUGGUAAAAAUGAUGGAGGCCGGGUUCCUGGAGAAGAAGGAUCCGCAUCUUAUCAAUUUGGUCAACAUGUUUCGAGUGAAUCUCCUGAAAGAUCUGAAAAAAAAGGCGAAAAUCCACGUUCCGAAAGGUGCCUUUUUACUGGGCGUCAUGGAUGAAACUGGAAGUCUUCAGGAAGGCGAAGUGUUUUGUCAGGUUUCCGAAAUAGCGGGCGGCCGACGCAAAGUGAUUACUGGAGAAUGCGUUCUUUUUCGAAAUCCCUGCUUCCAUCCAGGCGAUAUCCGCGUCGUGAGGGCUGUAGAUUCACAUAAACUUCGUGAUCUCUGUGACGUGAUAGUGUUUUCGGCCCAGGGUUACCGUGAUAUACCAAGUAUGUGCUCCGGUGGCGAUCUUGACGGCGAUGAUUAUACCGUGUUUUGGGAUCCCGACCUGAUGCCCACGAUCAAAAACUACGAACCCAUGGACUACCAAGCUGAAGAACCUUUAGAAGUUGACGAGGUCAAGAUAUCCCAUAUACAGAAAUUUUUUGUGAAUUACAUCAACAACGACAACCUGGGGCAAAUUGCCAAUGCCCAUUUAGCCACGGCAGACCGAUCAUCCCGAGGUGCCCUCGACGGUGCUUGUCUACGCUUGGCGCAGCUUCAUUCGCUUGCUGUCGAUUUUCCAAAGACGGGCAAACCGGCAAGAUUGGAUGACGAUCUUCGAGUGCGAGCGUUUCCUGAUUUCAUGCAAAAGAAAGACAAGCAAAUGUAUGAAUCAAAAAAGGUUCUGGGUCGUAUCUAUCGAUCCAUUGAUAAAGCCGACUACAAGGACUACAAGAGUAAACUGACCAACGAGUCCGACUAUGAUGUUCGCUUACGUGCUCCGGGUAUGGAACGUUAUAUUGCGGACGCCAGACAUUGGCGAUACUGCUACAACCGUGAUUUACUCGCCUUGAUGAAUCAAUAUGGUGUCAGUACCGAAGCAGAAAUCGUUUCGGGUUACAUUAUCAAAUGGUCAAAAAAAGGAAACCGCAAGAGUCUUCACGAACUGCAGAAAACAACCAUGACCGCUGUUACAAGCAUGCGCAACUCAUACAGGCACGAAUUCCAACGCGAAUUUUCGUUGAAGAAUGGAAGUGUCGGUGCGGAACUACAGGCGGACGUGGAUGCCAAGGCGGCCGCGUGGUAUUAUGUGACGUACCAUCCCAACGAACGACGCCGGGAUUACAGUUUUGAAGGCGGUUUUUUCAGUUUUCCAUGGGUCGUGUACGAUUAUCUCUGUGAUUUGGCCAGGAAAAACGGACACCGUGUUCCUGCUGAAGAUCAGGCGCAGCCGGUCGAUGAUGCCGUCAUCGAAGCGAUGCAAAAGAAGUACGCCCGCGACAAAAGCCCAAUCCAGCUGUCCGUGCACGUCAGUGACUCCGAAGAUAAUGAAGAAGAAGAAGAUGAUGAUGAUGAAACGAAUGCAAGCGCUGAAGAAAGCGACGAAGAAGAAGAAGAAGUCGUUGAGAUUGUCCCUUCCACCAUGAUAUCCCUGAACAGCAGUGUCCGCAAGGCGACGACUAAUAAUACUGAGACGGGUUCUAUCAAAUCGCCAUCACUUUCCGAUACCCAAAAGCCGGCCUUUAUUCCGCAUGCACCUACGCAUAUUAAUAACGAUAAACAAGCUCAUCUUGAUGUGGAUGCCACAGAAGCCGAUUUGGAAAAGGCUUUGCUCAAUUAG